AUGGUGCUUUCAAAGAAGCUCGACCGCACUUUACGCGCAGCCGAAGACAGUUCAGAUGGCGAAAGUUACUAUGAGGUCACGGACAGAUCAUCUUCUGCGUCUGUCAUCGAAGCAGAUGAGGGUGGUAACGUGAUUAGCUCAGGGGACGAGCAAGAAGGCGACUCUGAAGAUGAGGACAUGUCAGAUGCAUCCGACGAUGACCAAGUAAAAGCGCAAAUGAGCAAAGUCUCGUUUGGAGCACUAGCCAAAGCACAAGAUGCCCUCUCGAAACAACAGCCAGCGGACCGUAAGCGCAAACGAGGCGAUGAUACAUCGAAAUCACAGGAAGAUAAACUGGAAGCGCUGAGGGAGAGGUUGCGGCAGAUCAAGGCUGAAAAGCUUGCAAACGGUGUACAACCCAGCAAAAAGGCGAAGACGGCCAAGAGCAAGAGUAAAGGCGAAGACAAACAAAAGCCUCAGAAAGCCGGCGACGAUGAAGACUCCGACUCCGAUGCAGCUCCACACGCGCGCUCAAGCAAACACGCUCCUGCCGUUCAAUCGAGCAAGCGUAUGGUCUCACGUAAGCGGAACGUGGUCGAAGUGAAGAAGCCAGUCUUUAGAGACCCACGUUUCGACAAUGCCUCAGGACCCCAGCCCGAUGAGUUCGUGGUUGGAAAGCGGUACUCCUUCCUCAACGACUACCGAACAUCUGAAAUCUCCGAACUCCGUCAGACCAUUAAGAAGACGAAGAACGAGGACGAGAAGGAGCGGUUGAAGAAGAAGCUACUCUCGAUGGAGUCGCAGCAAAAGGCGCGGGAGAACAAGGAGAAGCUACAAGAAGUGGCCCGCGAGCACAAGAAGAAGGAGAAGGAGCUUAUCAAGGAGGGCAAGCAGCCAUUCUUCCUGAAGAAGUCCGAGCAGAAGAAGAUCGCAUUGGUCAACCGCUUCGAGAAUAUGAAAUCGAAGCAGCGCGACAAGGUCAUCGAACGCCGUCGCAAGAAGGUCACGGCGAAAGAAAGGAAGAACAUGCCCGAUGAGCGCCGUACUGCUCAAUAG